AAACCGGGAAAUAUGGAAACAGCUCCAAGGAAAAGUGCAGCCAAAAUUAAAAGAAAUUCCAACGAAACAUCAGCCGACUCAAGUUCCGCUCAUAGACCACAAAAUAUAAAAGUGUUGUUUAACGCGUUUCAAAAGUAUGGUGCUCAAAACCCAGAAGAAAUAUCAAAGGUACUGCAGAAUCUGCCUUGUCUGGAUGAAUAUGUGAACGAUUUUGCCACCAUGAGUGAGGAGCGUGUGCUGACCAAGAUGCAAAACAGUCCCGAAUUUGCGCAGUGUGCGUCGUGGAGCGAGGUUAUGGACUCCGUCGGAUUCCGUGACACAUGCAACAAUGAGCUCCCUUUGGCGUUGCGUACCAUCGCAUACACGGAAAAGUUUCCUAAACCGGAAAAUGCAAACGGUGUUGACUUUCACCUGCUGUACCUGAACCUGGCGAACAUGAUGAUGGGACAACCGAUAAUGCUAAUGAAUCACAACACGCAGAAAGUGCUGAAACAAGUGUACGAGGAAACUGUUUUACAAACAUCACAGUCGGACCAAAAAGAAGAAAUUGCCAUACUGCACGAAACACUGAAAACGAUGCGAAAGCCAGUACCGUCCGUCGAUGAUCCGAGAACAAUGACCGACAUGAGGCUUUUCUUUGCCGAUCCCAACAUAAACCCAUUUCGACUGCCAAUCGAACGGAUAUGUUCCAACCAUCUGUAAGUAUGAAAUGUAUCUGUUUACGAUCGGUCGCUACGUUAUGUGUACGAGCCGGUGAAAACUAAUUACGCAGUGUAUAGACUCGAUCCGACCAUUCGGCGUACGUGGUGUAUUCAGUGGUUCAAAAGGAACACACAACGUAGAGAUCGAUCGCGAACAUUUGGUGCCGUGACCAGGAUCACAACGUAAGCAUCGAUCGCGAACAGUAUCAAUAUAUGUUCCGUUGUAAGUCUUUCUCUUAAAUAAACAGCAAUGCACCACUGCAAUCACGCUUUGGUUGUUUAUUAAUUUAAUUACUUGAUCAGGGUUAGUACAAAUCUCGAUAUUUUGUGUUAGUUAACAUGUUCAUUCGUCCGAUGUGUUUGAUAUUCAGUUCAUUUACAUCAAG